CUGCUCUGGUUGUCGCUGGUCACGGUGGCUGCACUGGGAGGACAGGCGAUGGGGUUCAGGGUUGUCCUCGGGGUUCAGGGGCGCCGUCACAUCCGGGUAACGCUGCCGUUGCUGCUCUGCGUCGCCAUGAUGGCGGCAGUUUGGGCGGAAGGUCAAGACUACUACAAUCUGCUGGGAGUCAGCAGGGAGGCGACGACCAGAGAGAUACGACAGGCCUUCAAGAAGCUGGCGCUCACCAUGCACCCCGACAAAAACCCCGGCGACUCCUCGGCCCACGAGAAGUUCCUGCAGGUGAAUCGAGCUUAUGAGGUUCUGAAGGACGAAGACCUCCGGAAGAAGUACGACAAAUAUGGAGAAAAGGGAUUGGACGAGCAGCAGGGAGGACGCUACGAGAGCUGGAACUUCUACCGCUAUGACUUUGGUAUCUAUGACGAUGAUUUGGAGAUCAUCACGUUGGACAGCGGAGAUUUCGAGGCGGCAGUGAACUCCGGAGAAAUCUGGUUCAUCAACUUCUAUUUCCCACGAUGCUCCCACUGUCACCAGCUGGCUCCAACGUGGAGGGAGUUUGCCAAAGAGAUGGACGCAGUGAUCAGGAUCGGAGCAGUAAACUGUGGAGACAACAACCACCUCUGCCGGAGGAAAGGGAUCAACAAUUACCCGAGUCUGUUCAUAUACAGAUCAGGACAGAAACCAGAGAAGUUUAACGGGGAGCGUUCUAAAGACGAGCUGGUCCGCUUCUCCAUGCAGUUCAUCACAACAACCGUCACCCAGCUCUGGCAAAGUAACGUGUUCAGCGAGAUCGAGAGUGCGUUCUCGUCCGGGCUCGGCUGGCUCAUCACCUUCUGCUCCGACACUGGAGAUUGUCUGGAGCCGAGAACAACACAGAAGUUGGCAGGAAUGUUGGACGGUCUGGUGAAGGUGGGAUGGAUGGACUGCAUCACAGAGGAACAGCUCUGUCACAGUUUCCAGGUGACCGGCGGAGCGACGGCUUUAUUCCCUCCUGGUUCAUCUCUGGAUCAACAAGACAGCGUGCUGUGGCUGAAUACUCUGGACAGCAAAGAGGUUUACACUCAGGUCAUGAACCAUCUGCCCGAUCUGGAACUGCUGACGAGCGACAGCUUCCAGAGCAAACUGGCCCGUCAUCGCUGGUUGAUCAGUUUUACGUUUGGGGACAGAAGCUCCACCUCCAGCGAGUACAAGAAGCUCCAAGCUUACCUCAAGAAUGACCACAUACAGGUCGGCAGAGUUAACUGCAUCACAGACUCGGAGCUGUGUCAGUCGCUCUACAUCCAUAAACCCUGCGUGGCUGUUUUCAAAGGACUGGGAAUCCACAACUUCGAGAUCCACCACG